AACUUUCUCAGGAAACUGAGAGUGCUCUCUCUCUCUUCAUCUGAACAAUUAAAUAUGAAUAUAUAUAACUCCCCCUCUCAUAGGCCUCUCUGAGAUCUACUACUCAUAACAGAUAGAGAUUGGCAGAUUGCAGAGAGAAAGGGCUUAAGAACAGAGAAAGGAUUGAAAUGCUGAAGGUCUAGGCCCCAGGGAGGAAUUGAUUUCUUCCCAUUGUCUUCCUUGAAUUGCUGCGUAGUCUUUAUGGUAUAGUAUUUGGUAGUCAUGAUCAAGAGAUGAAUACAAGUUUGACUGAGUGUCACGACCACUUCAUGUUACUUGUUAGAAUGGAUUUGAUGUGAUUCGAACAUUAGUUCAGUCUGAUGAACAUUAGUUCUAUCAUGCUAGCAGUCAUCAUGCAACUCAUUGGGUUAUGCAUGGAGAAAAUUAGGUUUGAUACGAGGAGGUGCAGUUACUAAUACUUGACGUCUUGCACUGUUGGGCUGUCUUCUGAUAUAUUUUUCAUUUCUAGUUAUAUGAGUUUGGCUUUACCCUUGAAGAACUUUAAUUUAGGAAGUUGCCGGUGUUCAGUUGAAUAAUCUGAAGUGUGGAACCUCCUUCAAAUGAUAUGAUUGCUCUAAGCAGCCAUGUAAUGGACUCAGCGCAGUUUUAUUGCAAGGUUGACGAGGAAGGUGCUUUUUAAGCAUCUCACUGAAGUUGUACUAGCAUUUUGUUCACACUACCUACUACCUAUCAGCAUCAUGGAAUCUGAGAUGGUGAAUUCUAAACAUCAGUCAGGUGUCCUUCAUCGAGUACUUCCCGCUGUUGUUCCAGUGCUCCUGAUUUCAGUAGGAUAUGUGGACCCUGGAAAGUGGGUGGCAACUAUUGAAGGAGGUGCUCGAUUUGGGCUGGAUAUGGUAGCGCUAAUGCUGAUUUUCAAUUUUGUUUCAAUUUUGUGCCAGUAUUUGUCAGCUCGUAUAGGUAUAGUCACUGGAAGAGAUCUUGCUCAGAUUUGCAGCGAUGAGUAUGACAAGUGGACAUGCAUGUUUCUAGGAGUUCAAGCAGGGUUUUCAGUGAUUGCAUUGGACCUUACUAUGAUGCUGGGAGUGGCACACGGUCUAAAUCUUAUCUUCGGGGUGGACUUGUCUACCUGUGUUUUUUUAAGUGCAAUUGAUGCUGCUUUAUUUCCACUUUUUGCCUCCUUUCUGGAGAACCGCAAGGCAAAUCUUUUGUGCGUAUUUAUUGCCGCCUCUAUUAUGCUUUGUUAUGUUAUUGGAGUGCUUAUCAGUCAACCAGAAUUCCCUCUUUCCAUGAGUGGGGUGCUGACUAAGUUAAGCGGGGAGAGUGCAUUCACAGUGAUGAGUCUUCUUGGAGCAAAUAUUAUGCCUCAUAAUUUUUACCUCCAUUCUUCUCUUGUUCAGCAGCAUAGGGUCCCACCAGACACCACAAAAAGUGCUUUCUGUCAUGACCAUUUUUUGGCCAUCUUCUGCAUCUUCAGUGGAAUUUACUUGGUGAAUUAUGUGCUUAUGAACUCAGCGGCAAACAUAUUCAACAGUACUGGGCUUGUAUUGCUGACUUUUCCAGAUGCAUUGUCACUGAUGGAACAGGUUUUUAGGAGCCCAGUGGCGACAAUAGCUUUCUCUCUAGUGCUUUUUUGUUCUAAUCAAAUCACGGCAUUAACUUGGAACUUGGGUGGAGAAGCAGUCAUACAUGACUUUCUCCGGCUGGAGAUACCUGGUUGGCUUCAUCGGGCCACAAUCAGAAUUAUUGCUGCUGUUCCAGGCCUUUAUUGUGUGUGGACUUCUGGAGCUGAAGGGGUUUAUCAAUUGCUUAUGUUUACACAGGUUAUGGUAGCACUGCUGCUUCCAGCUUCUGUGAUUCCCCUUUUCCGCAUUGCCUCAUCACGACCAAUAAUGGGUGUCUACAAAAUUUCCCAGUUUGUGGAGUUCUUAGUACUGAUUGUAUUCAUGGGAAUUCUAGGCCUUGAGAUUAUAUUUAUUGCGGAGAUGAUAUUUGGAAAUAGUGACUGGGUGAGUAAUUUGAGGUGGAACAUGGGGAAUAGCACUUCUGUCCCUUAUCUCAUCCUCCUCAUCACUGCGUGCUCAUCUUUCAGUUUGAUGCUUUGGCUUGCGGCCACCCCACUAAAAUCUGCAAGUGUCCGAUUUGAUAAGUCAAUGUGGGGCUGGGAUGUACAGAAAGCGGUACCUGAAGCCUCCAUUCAACGGGAGGAAAAUGAUUUAAGUGAUACUAGGUAUUAUGGAGAGGAAAUUGUUCCGGAGGAACAGUUACCAACACCAGGAAGGUCGGUGGAGAGUCAGUCAGACUUGCCUGUCGAAUAUUCUGACCGUGAUUUACCUGAGAAAAGAAAUAAGUUUGAUCAGGAACAUCAUUUGACUACCAUUGAAGAAAACAACUCCUGUUUUUCAUUCCCAAGCCCACCAGUACGUGGUCAAGUGGAAUCAUUAUCCACUGCUGAGGCAGAACCUGUACUUGUGGCAGCUAGUGAAGUUACUGUUAGGGAUUUGUCUGACCCGAAAACCAUGGAAAUUGAAUUUACGGAGCCAAUUGAGAAGACGGUGGGUGUAGAGGGAGACCUACGAGCUGAAAAAGAUGACGAUGUGGAGGGAGACUCUUGGGAGCCUGAAGAAUCAUCCAAAGGGGUUCCUGGCAGCAUCUCAUCGUUGGCUUCUGAUGGCCCUAGUUCAUUUAGGAGUCUCAGUGGGAAAAGUGAUGAUGGUGGUAAUGGUGCUGGAAGUCUAUCCAGAUUAGCAGGAUUGGGACGUGCUGCAAGGCGUCAAUUAGCUGCUGUUCUUGAUGAGUUUUGGGGACAGCUGUAUGAUUUCCAUGGACAAGUAACGGAGAAAGCAAAGGCCAAGAAAAUGGAUGUGGUGCUAGGAGUUGAUUCAAAGGCUGCACCAGCGUCACUUAAAGUUGAGAACCCUGGGAAAGAAUUCAGUGGAUAUUUCCCAUCUGUAGGAGGAAGAGGGAGUGAUUCUCUGAUUAAUCCUAGUAUAUUUGACUCUCCCAAGCAGCAGAGGAUGCAACAUGGCAUUGACUCAUCAUAUGGCGUUCAAAGGGGGUCUUCCUCCUUGUGGUCCAAUCACAUGCAGUUGCUAGAUACCUCCUUUCAGAAUUCUAGCCCCAAUGUUUAUGACUCCAGUGAGAGGCGAUACUCUAGUUUGCGCAGUCUCCCUUCUUCUGAUGGCUGGGAUUAUCAGCCAGCAACAGUACAUGGUUAUCAAAUUGCAUCUCAUCUCAAUCGCCUUAAGGAGAGAACUGCUGAAUGUUUGCAUGUUCAAAUGGAGUCAUCAGCCCAGAGGUCCCGCACCUUGGGGCCUACAAACUAUAGAGACUCCCUAGCUUUUGCUUUGGGGCAAAAAUUGCAAAAUGAGAUGAGUGCUACACCAGCAUCUAGAUUUCAGAACCAUGCACUAUCCAGAAUCAGUUCGUUACAAUCAGAGAGUCCGUAUUAUGAUGUAUCCUCUUCUGCAUCUGCUGAUAAUGCAGGUAUAUCCACCAAUACGAAGAAGUAUCAUAGCCUACCAGACAUUUCAGGACUCUCUGUUCCUUAUCGGGACUUAUAUAUGUCUGAUAAGAGUGUGCAAUGGAACAACGCCUUAAAAUACGGAACAUCUGUAGGUAGAACAAGCUAUGAGCAAUCCUUGUAUGCAAAUACUGGAUCUAAUGCUGGAGCCGCCUUGGCUUUUGAUGAGCUCUCUCCGUCAAAAGCAUACAGAGACCCAUUUUCUUUCCAGUCGAGCGCUAGCUCCAACACUGGAUCUCUUUGGUCCAAACAGCCAUUUGAGCAGUUCGGUGUGGCUGAUAAAAAUCGUGCUACUAUGAGCGAUGGAAUGGGAAGUACAUCACAUUCAGUUGCUCAAGAAACUACUUCUGUUGUGGAUUCUGAGAGCAAACUUCUUCAGUCUCUUAGACUAUGUAUUGUUAAGUUACUUAAAUUGGAAGGUUCUGAUUGGUUAUUUACACAAAAUGAUGGAGCUGAUGAAGACCUGAUUGAUCGGGUGGCUGCAAGGGAGAGGUUCCUGUAUGAAGUUGAGAACCGGGUGGGUCAUGUGGGUGAACCUCAUUAUUUGCCUUCUGAUAGGAGGUCUGGUUCUGCUUUAAAGAAUGAUGAGGCAGGUUUUUUGAUCUCUUCAGUUCCUCAUUGUGGCGAGGGUUGUAUUUGGAAACCAGAUCUGGUAAUAAGCUUUGGAGUGUGGUGCAUUCAUCGAAUUCUUGACCUAUCUUUAAUGGAAAGCCGGCCAGAGCUGUGGGGAAAAUAUACUUAUGUUCUGAAUCGUUUACAGGGAAUGAUAGACCCAGCAUUCUCAAAGCCCCGUGGUCCAAAGUCUCCAUGUUUCUGCCUUCAGAUACCUGCGUCGCAUCAGCAGAGAUCAAGCCCACCUGUUGCUAAUGAGAUGUUGCCCCCAGCUGCCAAACCAGGCAGGGGAAAAUGCACAACUGCAGGGAUGCUUUUAGACACAAUCAAGGAUGUAGAGAUGGCAAUAUCUUGCCGUAAGGGUCGGUCAGGCACUGCUGCAGGUGAUGUUGCUUUCCCCAAGGGGAAAGAGAAUCUGGCGUCUGUCCUAAAACGCUACAAGAGACGAUUGUCCAACAAGCCCUCGGUGUCUCAUGAAGGGAGUGGUUCACGCAGAGUUUCAACACCUGCCACUACUUAUGGUUUGUAGCCCUUUUGCCCACUGUCCCGACCUCAAAAUCAUCAUCACUGUUUGAGCUGUUAGAUUUUGGGAAGCAGCUCAUGGAGUGUGCUCAGUUGGAUUCGGUUACUCUCUCAUCCUCCACAGUUUCUUCCCCUCCUCGUUACUCCGCUGCUUCUUCUCGUCUACCGAAUUUCCCUGCUGCAAAUUUUAUAACCUUGUAUGUUAUGUAUACAUAGGAUCAGAAUCACUGGAUAUGUAAUUGCAGCAAAAUUAAAGAAAAUGGCUAGAAGGGGGAAAAUUUGGUUUGCAAUUCUUGUUCUGCAAAAUGAUUUCAGUUAAUGCUAAAGCAUGAAUUGCAGCUAAAAUGGAAAUGCCAUUAGAAGGUAAUUCUGCAUUUUCUUGUU